AUAUCCUAUGUUCCAAUCUUGGUCGUUCUGGUUUUAGGAACCAAACUUGAACACAUUGUUGCAACAAUGGCUCUUCAAAUUAAAGAACAGAACAGUGCAGUUUCCGAAACACCUCUUGUUCAACACGAUGAUCUCUUCUGGUUUAGGAAACCAAAAUUUGUCUUGGUGCUGCUACAUUAUACUCUCUUUGUGAAUGCUUUUGAGUUUGCCUUCUUCAUUUGGGUUACAAUCCAGUUCGGGUUGACAUCUUGCUACCACGAGCACACUGUGAUCAUUGUUACAAGGGUUUUCUUAGCGUAA